UAAACGCAUUUAUUCCGAUUCCUUUCUCUCUUCGGUCCCCUCCCCACCCUCUAAAGUCUCUCCUUCUUCUUCUUCCUUAAUCACACCUGCUUCUUUCAUUAAUUUCUCUCAAUCGAUAAAAAUGGUUACUGAACCAGGUCUAACCGGGAUGUCUCCUUCGAUUAAUCGGAACCGUUUACCCGGUUUACCCGAUCAAUCCACUUCGCUACUCCCUAAUCAUACCCAGUUUACUCCGGUGUCACUAUACGACGGUUUCAAUUACAACCUCUCCUCCUCCGAUCACUGUAACACCGUCGUCGCUGCUCCGUCGGAGUUUAUUCGGGAAAUAGUGGAAGUGGAAGAAGAAGAUCCGGCUGAUGAUUUUGAUUUCUCCGAUGCUGUUUUAGGAUACAUUAGUCAGAUGUUGAACGAAGAAGACAUGGAUGAUAAAGUAUGCAUGCUCCAAGAGUCUCUAGAUCUCGAAGCUGCUGAGAGAUCGCUUUACGAAGCUAUUGGUAAGAAGUAUCCUCCGUCUCCUGAACGGAACUUGGUGGUGGCUUCGUUCGCUGAGCGGAAUGGUGAGAAUCUUGACCGUGUUGUUCCAGGUAACUACACCGGAGGUGAUUGUAUAGGUUUUGGGAAUGGUGGUAUCAAGCCACUGAGCGGUGGUGGUUUUACUUUAGAUUUUCGAAAUCCUCAGAGUCGUUGUUCAUCGGUUUUAAGUGUUCCUCAAUCUAAUGGUUUUGGAAUGGACCAGUCGUCGAAGAAGAGUUUGUAUGCUGAUUCGAGUGGGGAGAGUCAUCAAUCUGUUUGGUUGUUUAGGGAUGGGAUUGAAGAAGCUAAUAGGUUACUUCCUGAACAAAACGAGUUGAUUGUGAAUUUUAGAGAGGAGAGUUGUAUGAGCAGAGGAAGGAAGAACUCUAGCCGUGAUGAGAUUUGUGUGGAAGAAGAAGAGAGGAGUAGUAAGCUACCUGCUGUGUUUGGUGAGGAUAUUUUGAGGUCAGAUGUUGUAGAUAAGAUCUUGGUUCAUGUUCCUGGUGAAGAGAGCAUGAAGGAGUUUGAUGCGUUGCGUGAAGUUCUGAAGAAAGGAGUGGAGAAGAAGAAAGCUUCAGUGGCUCAAGGUGGGAAGAGACGAGCUAGAGGAAGAGGACGUGGAAGAGGAGGAGGAAGAGGAGGAGGAGGGCAAAAUGGGAAAAAAGAAGUUGUGGAUUUGAGAAGUUUGUUGAUACAUUGUGCUCAAGCUGUUGCAGCUGAUGACCGUAGGUGUGCGGGCCAGUUGUUGAAACAGAUAAGGCAGCAUUCUACGCCGUUUGGUGAUGGGAACCAGAGGUUGGCUCAUUGUUUUGCUAAUGGUCUCGAGGCGAGGUUAGCAGGUACCGGAAGCCAGAUUUACAAAGGGAUUGUGAGUAAACCGAGAUCAGCUGCAGCUGUGUUGAAGGCUCACCAGCUUUUUCUUGCGUGUUGUCCGUUUAGGAAGCUCUCUUAUUUCAUAACC